AUGACGGUGACCUACACCUCGCGGGUGGCCACCGCGCGCUUCGGGGGGUUCUCGCAGCUGCUGCUGCUCUGGCGCGGGAGCAUCUACAAACUGCUCUACCGGGAGCUGCUCCUCUUCCUCGCCGCCUACCUGGGGCUCAGCCUGGCCUACCGGUUCCUGCUGUCGGAGACGCAGAAGCGGCUCUUCGAGAAGCUGGUGCUUUACUGCGACAAGUCGGCCAACCUCAUCCCCGUCUCCUUCGUCCUCGGUUUCUACGUGGCGCUGGUGCUGGAGCGUUGGUGGGGUCAGUUCCGCAGCGUCCCGGCGCCGGACGGGCUGAUGGUGGCGGUGGCCGGCAGCGUCCACGGGGCCGACGCACGGGGCCGCGUCCUGCGCCGCACCCUGAUGCGCUACGGCGGCCUGGCCGCGCUGCUGGUGCUGCGCGCCGUCAGCACCCCCGUCUACAAGCGCUUCCCCACCACCGACCACCUCGUCCAGGCCGGGUUCCUGACGCGGGAGGAGCGGCGGCGGCUGGAGGGGCUGCGGUCGCCCUACAACAAGUUCUGGGUGCCCUGCGCCUGGUUCGGGGCGCUGGCGGGGCCCCAAGAACCCCCCCAGGGACCCAUUGGGACCCCCUGA